GCGCUGCCUCAGCCGACGGGAGGUAACCGGGCACAGGUGACGGGGCCUGGGAGCGAUGGAGCAGCCCGGCGCGGCGGCGUCGGGAGCGGGCGGCAGCGGCGGCGAGGAGCCCGGAGGGGGCCGGAGCAACAAGCGGAGCCUGGGCGCCCGGGCCGUCAACGAAGAGGAAACGAAAAACAAACCCAAACUGAACAUUCAAAUUAAAACAUUGGCAGACGAUGUGCGUGACCGAAUUACAAGUUUUAGAAAAUCUACUGUCAAAAAGGAGAAACCUCUUAUUCAGCAUCCUAUUGAUUCUCAAGUUGCGAUGAGUGAGUUUCCAGCAGCUCAGCCAUUAUAUGAUGAAAGGUCUUUAAAUUUGUCUGAAAAGGAAGUACUGGAUCUCUUUGAAAAAAUGAUGGAGGACAUGAACCUUAAUGAAGAACGGAAAGCGCCUCUACGAAACAAAGAUUUUACCACCAAGCGUGAGAUGGUUGGACAGUAUAUUUCUGCUACUUCCAAGUCGAUAGUUGGAAGUAAAGUUAUGGGAGGACUGAAAAACAGCAAGCAUGAAUGUACCCUAUCUUCACAAGAAUAUGUUCAUGAAUUACGUUCUGGUAUUUCAGAUGAGAAACUUCUUAAUUGCCUGGAAUCUCUGAGGGUUUCUUUAACCAGCAAUCCUGUUAGCUGGGUUAACAACUUUGGUCAUGAAGGCCUUGGACUCUUACUGGAUGUACUGGAAAGACUUCUGGAUAAGAAACAGCAAGAAAGUAUUGAUAAGAAGAAUCAGUAUAAGCUUAUUCAGUGCCUCAAAGCAUUUAUGAAUAAUAAGUUUGGUUUGCAAAGGAUUCUAGGAGAUGAAAGAAGUCUUUUGUUAUUGGCACGAGCAAUUGAUCCCAAACAACCCAAUAUGAUGACUGAAAUAGUAAAAAUACUUUCUGCUAUUUGCAUUGUUGGAGAAGAGAAUGUCCUUGAGAAACUGUUAGGGGCUAUAACUACAGCAGCAGAAAGAAAUAAUAGAGAACGAUUUUCAACAAUUGUUGAAGGAUUAGAGAAUCAUGAAGCUUUGCAGUUACAGGUGGCUUGCAUGCAAUUUAUAAAUGCCCUUGUCACAUCUCCUUAUGAACUUGAUUUUCGAAUACAUUUAAGGAAUGAAUUCCUCCGUUCAGGAUUAAAAGUGAUGUUACCAGAUCUAAAAGACAAAGAAAAUGAUGAACUUGAUAUUCAGUUGAAAGUAUUUGACGAGGACAAAGAGGAUGACCUAAAUGAAUUAUCCCACCGUCUCAAUGACAUUCGAGCAGAAAUGGAUGAUAUUAAUGAAGUGUACCACCUUCUGUAUAAUAUGUUGAAGGACACUGCUGCUGAGAAUUACCUAUUAUCUAUUCUACAACAUUUUUUGCUCAUAAGGAAUGAUUAUUACAUUAGGCCACAGUAUUAUAAAGUAAUUGAAGAAUGUGUUUCUCAGAUAGUGCUGCACUGCAGUGGUAUGGAUCCAGAUUUCAAGUAUCGUCAAAGACUAGACAUAGAUUUUACUCAUCUCAUAGAUUCUUUUGUGAACAAGGCAAAAGUUGAAGAAAGUGAACAAAAAGCAAUGGAAUUUUCCAAGAAGUUUGAUGAAGAAUUCACAGCUCGACAGGAAGCUCAAGCAGAACUUCAAAAGAGAGAAGAAAAAAUCAAAGAGCUGGAAACAGAAAUCAACCAACUUCGAACCCAGGGACAUGGCCUUUCAGGUGCAUCAGGAAUUCCGGUCCCUCCUCCACCACCUCCAUUGCCCAGUGGCGGCCCAUCUCCACCACCACCACCACCACCUCCACCUCCACCACCUCUUCCUGGAGGAGCUCCCCCUCCACCUCCACCCCCCUUGCCUGGAAUGAGUAGUAUACCACCACCACCACCAAAUUUGAUUGGGGGUCCUCCUCUACCACCUCCUCUAGGAGGCAUUCCUCCUCCCCCAGGAGCUCCACUUGACCUGCCUUACGGAAUGAAGCAGAAGAAACUAUAUAGACCUGAGGUUUCCAUGAAGAGAAUCAAUUGGUCCAAGAUUGAACCCAAAGAAUUAUCUGAAAACUGUUUCUGGUUAAAAGUUAAGGAGGAGAAGUUUGAAAAUCCAGAUCUUUUUGCAAAAUUGGCACUGAAUUUUGCUACCCAGAUAAAAGCCCAAAAGAAUGCAGACACUCCAGAAGAAAAAAAGCCCAUUUCUACGAAGAAGAAAGUGAAAGAAUUGAGAGUUUUAGAUGCCAAAACUGCCCAGAAUCUGUCUAUCUUCCUUGGAUCAUAUCGUAUGCCAUAUGAAGAUAUUAAAAACAUUAUUCUGGAGGUUAAUGAAACUAUGUUGAGUGAGGCUUUAAUUCAGAACCUUGUGAAACAUCUUCCAGAGCAGAAGGUACUCAAUGAAUUAGCACAGUUGAAAAAUGAGUAUGAUGACCUCUGUGAGCCUGAACAAUUUGGAGUUGUGAUGAGCUCAGUGAAAAUGUUGCAGUCACGUCUCAAUAGCAUUCUUUUCAAGCUCAUGUUUGAAGAACAAGUGAACAACAUCAAGCCAAGCAUCAUAGCAGUAACUCUUGCCUGUGAAGAAUUGAAAAAAAGUGAAAGUUUUAACAGACUUUUAGAGUUAGUUCUUUUGGUUGGAAACUACAUGAACUCUGGCUCAAGAAAUGCUCAGUCUUUGGGUUUUAAGAUCAACUUCCUUUGUAAGAUCAGAGAUACUAAGUCAUCUGAUCAAAAAACAACCCUCUUGCAUUUUAUUGCGGAAAUUUGUGAAGAAAAAUAUCGUGAUAUCCUGAAAUUUCCAGAAGAACUGGAACAUGUAGAAAGUGCAAGUAAAGUUUCAGCUCAAAUUCUAAAGAGUAACCUUGUGGCAAUGGAAAAACAUAUCUCUCAUCUGGAAAGUGACCUCGAGAAGUUCCCAGAGGCAGAAAAUCAACGUGAUAAGUUUGUGGAAAAGAUGACAAGCUUUGCAAAGAGUGCCAGAGACCAGUAUGAAAAGCUGCUCACCAUGCACAACAAUAUGGUCAAGCUCUAUGACAAUCUGGGAGAAUAUUUUAUUUUCGACUCCAAGACCGUAAGCAUCGAAGAGUUUUUUGGUGAUCUCAGCAACUUUAGAACUCUGUUUGUGGAAGCGGUUAAAGAAAACAACAAAAGGAAGGAAAUGGAGGAAAAAAGUAGGAGAGCAAAACUUGCUAAAGAGAAAGCUGAACAAGAAAAAUUGGAACGCCAGAAGAAAAAGAAGCAACUCAUUGAUAUUAAUAAAGGUGAUGAGACUGGUGUGAUGGAUAAUCUUCUAGAAGCCCUGCAGUCAGGUGCAGCAUUCCGAGACCGUAGAAAGCGAAUUGCAAGGAACUCAGAUAACAGACGAGUACCACCAUUAGAAAGGUCUCGCUCUCGUCACAAUGGAGCCGUCUCAUCUAAGUGAUUUCCUGAUGCCAAAGAAUAUGAAAAUAUUUAAGUAAACAAAAUCAUAGUUUAUGAAGAACAAAAUAAGGAAUGAAGAGGAAAUAAGUGCAUUUCUGCAAAUAUCAAGCUAAACUGGAUGAGAGCGUGUGCAUUUCUCCAGUUAUUAUAAGACUCUUCCCACAAUUCUAUGUGAACACAAUUACCAGAAUUAUAAAGUGUGUUUCAUUUUGUGUAAAGAUGUAUACUUUGUUAUUGUGACCUGAUCGUGAUAAGAAAAAAUGUAAGAAAUGGAAGCAUUUAAAGGCUUUCGAAAUUUUUACUGUCAGAAAUUUAUAAUGUUACUUAAAUUUGCAGCUUACCCCUACAAAAUAGAUGGAAAGAAAUCAAUCCAGUAUUUGCUUCUGGUAUCUGUUACAUAAAAAGGAAAAGGUCAAUGAAAAUAUGCAUGUUUGUGCUCUGGAGAAAUGCUAGUAUUGCAUGCUCUGUAAGAGACCCUAUUUUAGAAACUCAAAAAAGUAUUGCUUUACCUCUGUCAAGUUGUUUAAAAUCUUAUUUGAAGUGACAGCUGAUGGAUUCAUCUGCUUUGGCUGAAAUUAAAUUUAUUAAUCUAGAGUUCAGCAUGAUAUUGCAAGCACUUAUUGCUAAAAGUAAAACCAAAGUUUAACAAUCCAGUUAGAAAAAGUGAUUAAAACUUUAUUUUAAAAAGUGUUUUCUAAAUAUGCACUUACAUCUACUUUAUACAAAUACUUUAUAUGGCUAUUUUUGAAAAAACCAUUAUAUUUUAAUGUUUAUGCUUAGGAUAACCCUGAAAAUUUAAUUAUCCUUAUAUUGUUAAAGGUAAAAAUUGAUUCUUAUUCUCUGUGCUUUAUUUCUUCUCUUUCUUGAUUCUUUCUUCCAUGACCCUCUUGAAGGCAGAGAAUAGAAUUCUAUAAAACCUGAGAGAGAAAAUUUUUAUCUCUACAGGCAGCAAUAGAAAAGUGUCUGAAAGGUCAAUUGUUUUAUCUUUAUUUUUACUCUCCUUUCCAAUUUUGCUUUGGCGACCUGAAAAAGAAAAGGAACGACAUGUGUACAAGUAUAGUUCCUGCUACAGUAAUUCCAUGUCCUAGUGACUAAGUGAAUUCCUCAAUCAUCAUUCUAUUUACCUUGUGCUAGCAAAUUAAGAUGAUAUUGCCAAAAUCACUCUAGAAGGAAAGACAUUCUCUUCAUUUUUCUUAAAUAUGUGAGGGGGGAAAAGCUAACCAUAUUUGCCUAUUAUUAAAACAGCAUUGAAAUAAUGUGAUAUAACAUGUUUGGAAUGCAGUUUAAAAAUGAACUUAUACAGAUGACUGUGAUGUUAGCAUUGAAAUAAUGUGAUAUAACAUGUUUGGAAUGAACUUAUAGAGAUGACAAUGAUGUAUAAUACACGUUUAUUAUGUAGAAAAUAGUAUUUCUACUCCCCCACAUAUAUCACAUACACUUAGAAAGAAAGAACAAAUGACUAGGACUUGGUAAAUCACCACAUGGUAUAAUGUAAACAAGUGAACAGUAACUCACAGUUUCCUUUAUAUUUGAUGAUAGAAUGAUUCAAACUGCUGACUUUUCCUCUGGUGCAUUCUUGCUUGUGUUUUAUACUUUUAAAAUCUUUGAAAUAACUAUGAAAGAAAUAAAAAAUAGUUAUAGUAUCUAAAGUUUCACAGUUUUAUUCCAUCUUAAAACACAGAAACAUUUAUGUAAUAUAUCAAUUUCUCACACUUUUUUAAAACAAUAGAAAAGAUUUAGGGUCUAAUAAUUUAUGUAAAAUAUAUAUAUAUUUUGACUUCACAACACCUUUUUAGAAAUCCUCAAGAUCUUCUCUCUUUAAGUGUUUUGAUAGCUUUUCAGGCAUAGUAAAAUAGUAUUUUGAAAUAUUAACCUUGACUAAAGUUUAGGAAAAUUUGCCAUAACAUAAUAUCAAGCUGACCAAGGUAGAAAUAUUAAUGUAUAUCACCUUUUACAGAUAUAAAAUUGCCUUACUUUUUAGUUUUGAGGAAAUAAACUGAAGUACCAUUACUAAGAAAUUAUAUAUUUCUAUUUAGUGUAAUCUCGUUGCUUUUCACAAAUAUAAAACCUCUCAGGAUCUUUCAUGAAGUUCCAAUAAUCAAAGUAUUUUCUUCCCAGAUUUAUAAUGUUCCUGCUUUAGCCAUUUCUAGUUGUGCGUUAAACUGAAGUUUCACCCAAAAUGUAAUAAGUGAAAUUUUUAGAAUAGAACCAAGUUGUAUUAAAAGCUUUUGUUAGGUUUAUUAUUGCCAUAUGUGAGGAGCAUUAAUUAUUCAGUUUUUCUUAGAAUGUUCUUAGGAACAUAAAAUCCCUACAAGUGUUUACUUAUUGUAUUAGUUUAAUUUGGCUGCUAUAACACAUUGCCACGAACUUGGUGGACAUGUCAGGAUUUUAUUUUGUCACAAUUCUAGUGGCCACAUGUCAAAUAUCACAGGCCGUUUUUCCUCCACAGACUAGAGGAGAAUCUUCCUGUCCUCUUUUAACUACUAGUGGCUAUUGACAUCCACUAGGUUAUGCCAAUACAUCCUUCUGUAUCUUCACAACGCUUUCUCUUCUGUGUUUGGAAUUUCUUUCUGCCUUUCUCUUUUAAGGGAAUUUAUAUUGGCUCUUGGGCUGCAGUGAUAGCACACCGGGUAGGGCGUUUUCCUUACAAGCGGCCAACGUGGCCAAUCUGAGUUCAAUUCCUUCGUCCCUCUCGGAGAGCCCAGCAAGCUACUGAGAGUAUCUUGCCCACACGGCAAAGCGUGGCAAGCUCCCCGUGACAUAUUUGAUAUGCCAAACACGGUAACAAUUAUCACAAUGGAGACGUUACUGGGCCCGCUUGAGCAAAUCGAUGAACAAUGGGAGGACAGUGACAUAUAUUGGCUCUUAAGGCCCCCAGAUAAUCUAGAAUAAUUUUAUCUCAAAAUCCUCAACUCUAUGGUGUUUUGUUUCGUUUUGUUUUUUGUUUGUUUGUUUGGGAAUCACCCCAGUGAUGCUCAGGGGUUAAUCCUGACUCUGCACUCAGGAAUCGCUCCUUGUGGUGUUUAGGGGGCCAAAUGGGAUGCAGGAGAUCCAAUCUGGGCCAGCAGCAUGCAAGGCAAGUGCCCGACCCUCUGUACUAUUGCUCUGGCACCAAGAGUCUUUUUUUUUCUUUUUGGGUCACACCCAGCGAUGCACAGGGGUUACUCCUGGCUCUGCACUCAGUAAUAACUCCUGGCAGUACUUAGCAGACCAUGUGGGAUGCUGGGAAUCAAACCCAGGUUGGCGGCGUGCAAGGCAAACGCCCUACCCACUGUGCUAUUGCUCUAGCCCC